AUGCAGAUGCCCCUAGAGUAUCACCCGCCAAUGUCAAGACAUGUUUUGGAGGAUAGCCCUGAUCGUCGUCUUGGCUACGAGCGAACCUGGUAUGGGGCACUUGCGGACAACCGCAAGUUCCAUGAAUGGGUCACGUACCAUCGGACGGACCGUGUUAGCCACAGCGACAACUGGUUCAAGUCGUUCUGGAACGACUUCAUGGUGCUAGUCAGAAGCCGAACUUUGACGUCGUGGAAGGACGAUCACUGGAAUGCAUCUAUUCCCAACCAACCUGUUCUGGAACGCUCUCAUGUUAUGCGGGAUUUGAGAGUGCCGUGCGACGAGUUCGAUGGAAGCACAGCCGACUUUGACUGCGAGCCACCCGAGUUUAUGAAAGAACUUCGGGAUCUGCAUGAUAGUGCGAGGGAUUGCGUUACCUUUGCGGAACGGCUGCAACAGGCUCGACAGCGGCAAGGGCCCGAGGGAGACUGGGUACAGUGGCGUGUGGACCAGGAGAAUUCAGCCACGGCUUGGGAAAGCCACGAAUCUACGGAGUCCGAGGGAAAUCACCUUCAGGCGCCUGGAGAACCCGAGAGAAAUGGCGCAUGA